ACACAACACCCGAGGGUAACUGUUUAAUAUUCGCUAUCUAGAGGCUCUGUCGUACUUAAAUCUAGCUUCUGCUAACGCUAACAAGCUAAUCUAACAGACAAAAACAAACUUGCACAGGGUUUUUCUGAGUGGUAAUUUUGAGGUGAAGAUGAAUAAAUGAUGCUUAAGAUGAAGUUAGUAUUUGAUAUCGUUACAACCACGAUGACAUAAAUUGAUAUAGUUUUUUUUAGAAACAGAGACGUUAAAUGUUAAAUGGCUAAUUUUACAUCUGAAUUAAUGUCAGGCUUCUAAACGUGUUGGACUGAUACUGCUGCCGCAUUUUAUGGCCAGCAUGUGUCCACACGAUGAGUUAUUUAAGGACUGCAGACAAAACACACAAGACGUAACAACAUAAAGCUAAACAACAGCGUCCUGAAAUCCAAAAUCCCAUCACCACAAAUUAAAUAAGAAACAUCUUAAAUACAAAAAACAGAUUUCUUCAUCUAUUGAAGAAAUGUGGAUUUCUGUAACAUGGCCCAAAAGAUAAGGUGUCCCUGACGUCUGGAGAUCAUCAUCCUCAUUAGCGUCCAUGGAGUCAGAGGGAGCUGAAUCCACGUCGUCGGGCCCGGCCCAGUCGAAGUCGUGAACUCUAUCCGCGAGCGUACAAUCGCAGAGAACAGCAUGGUGGUCCUGCUGCAGGGUCUGCAGGGGGAGGUGACCACGGUGGACCUGAGAAACGAGAGCACAGCACGGGGACGCGUGGUCAACGUGGACGCCUUCAUGAAUGUACGACUGGAGGACGUGCUGUACCGGGACUGGCGGGGUCAGGUCACCCGGCUGCAGGACCUGUUCAUCACCGGCAGGAACAUCCGCUACGUUCACAUCCCAGACCACGUGGACAUAAUGAAGACCAUACAGAGCCAGCUGGCCAAGAUCCACAGAGUCCGCAACUUCGCCAGUCUAGGAGGAGGCAGAAAAGAGUACGCCAAGAAAACAAAAUAACUUAUUUUCUUUUUUGGUACAAGGAUAUAAAACUCUGCUGGGUACUGCUUCUGCAAGGUUAAGUCCAAAAAUACUUGGAUGCAACAAGCAGUUUUUCUUUCUUUUAGAUCUGAGGCCAAGCGUCGCUGUGAAUUAGCAGUUUACAACCUGAGGAGUCGAGUGAAGGGACGAGAACAAAAGAAUUAUUUCAGUUUACACAGAAACACAUUAUAUUUUUCUGACUUUUUUUUUUUCUUUUACUGUGAAAUAGUGGAAGCUUUAAUCCCUUCAGGCCUCUUCAUUCCUUCAUUGGUUUAACUGCUCACAGCUAAUGAAUUAAGACUACGACCUGUGAUGAGAGGUCACAGUGUGGAAAGGUUUGGAUCAUAGACUGGAUUUCUGAACAAUAAAAUAUCUGAGAGUUUAAAAAUCAAAUACUGUACACGAAAUAUCAAACAUUGUUUUAUAUAAACACACAACAAGAGCUGCAGCUAACAAUUGUUUUCAUUAUUAGUUAAUCUGCACUUUAUUUCCUUGAUUAAUUGUUUUGUCUAGAAAUUAAACAAAAUUGAGGAAAAUGCCCCUAAAAACAUCUUCAAAAUGUUGUUUUUUUUCUAAAUUAACAGUCUAAAACCCAAAGAUACUGAGCAGAUACUGAUAUUUUUGAAGCUGGAACCAGAGGAUGUUUGGCAUUUUUACUUGAAAUGUGACUAAAACAAUCCACGAGUUAUUGAAAUAGUCACAGAAUAUUUUUUUUUUCUGUUCAGAGAUGAAAAAUAAUCAUGUUGGUGCUCUCUGGUGGACAAACUGAUGAAGACACUGGUUUUACAGGGCGUCUGCAGCCUGUGAAACGUCUUAAAAAGCCUUAAAUUUAGUAUGUAGUAACCUGUGGGAACGCUGCUCAAAAUACGUCAAACAUAUCUGUUAUUUCUGUGCUGACAGUUUUUGUUCAUCAGCCAACAUACAGAUCGAUGCUGAUAAAUCUCAGCUGAUGCUGAUGUUUGUCUGUUUAUCAGUCGAUUUGGAGACACUGAUGAGCUGAAUUUAGUGAUUUUGUGUUUUAGAUUUAUACUUGGUUUUAUACUUUCCUUUAACAAACUACAAACUAUUGUUUUCAAAUUGGUCAGGGAAAUUAUAAAUAAAGAUACUUACCCACCAACCAACCAACCAAUCUCUGUUGUCCCCAUGGGUGAAAUCUGAUUUGCAGACAGGCGACAUCAACAAUAGUGGAGAAGAAUCUCUCCAUAAAUCUGUCCACCCAGAUUCUCUAACAUCCGAAGCCUGAAAAUCUGUGACAGUCCAGAAAAAAAUGACAGUUUUAAAUGAUUUGUGGCCACAGAAACAGUUAUUAUAGAUGUAAAAACAGUCAUUAUUAUGCACAGUACAGUUUCUAAAUACAUAAAGAUGCUGAUGUGCUUUCUUACAAUUAAAAUAAAUGUUAGAUUUAAAACUGAAAUAAAGUUUGCUGUCAGUUCUUGGCUCAAGAAA